UGUUACUUUGCAAGUGAUGUGUUUGUGCCAGUGUCUCUCCAUGUUAUAUAUGGCCACACGAGCAUGAAAAGCUUUCACAAGUUGAGCUGUUGGUUGUUGAAGAAGCUGCUGUUAUUCCACUGCUGGUGGUUUGAAGGUACUGGACGCUCUUUAUCGCUAAAGCUUUUGCAUCAAUUGGAAUUGCAAAGCAGUAUGUCUUCCAAGAGCACAGAGGGCACUGGUUCUGGUUACCUCCUCAUAGUGAGUGUGAUCUAUACUAUGUUAAUCGGGACACUCUUUUUUCCUAUCACAAAGAUUGUGAAUUGUUUUUGCAGUGAAUUAUGGCCAUAUAUGUUGUAUCGCAUUACAAGAAUUCUCCAAAUGAUCUGCAACUGAUGGUAGAUGCUCCAGCACACCACUUUUUUUUGUAUUACUUGGACCUGUUGAUGAAUUGGAGAAUUAUCUUCUUGAUAUUUUGUGUCAUCCAGGGGUCAAUAUCUCAUCAUUCAGCAAUCCAAAGUUUGAGCAAUGGUCAUAAACCUUUUGGAGAUCAAAUACCAUGGAAAUUCUGUGAGCAUUUUCGAGACACAGUUUUUCCCUCACUUUCAGGUGCUCGCAUUGUACACAUUGCUACACACCCUAGUGCCAGGAGGCUUGGAUAUGGUUCACAAGCAGUUGAACGUUUAAUACGAGGUCACAGUUUAUGGUGAACAGAAGUGGAGAAAGGAAAAAUGGUGAGAAGUAACAGGGAUGGGCUCAACUCUCAAGACCUCGGAAGUAAUGGAUGAUGGAGAAGAGGAUUUUGUGGUAGAGGGUGGUGACGGAGGACAGUACAAGCAUAUGAAAGAAAAGAAGAUGCUUCUUGAUACAUAUUUAAUUAGUUUCUUCUUGAUGCAGAUUGCUGGAUUUCUUGCAUUUCUUGCAACUCCUCGUUUUCAAGAUAAUGCUAAGAUUGCAGGAUUUAUUGCAAGUUUGCAACUCCUCAAGCUCAAGAUAAUGCUAUGUGCAAGUGUUAGAGAUCUGUUGAAGUCUUUGAAGAUAAUCAUGAGUGUGAAGCUAAAAGUCAUUGCACCAUUGCAAACACGGAUGAUAUCUAUGAGGGCACUUUGUCUCCUUUUCUCCUCUAACCUCCGCAGCGCCUCUUCCACGACUCUUUUCUCUUCUCCACGCCUCACCUCAGCUCCUGACCUCCGUUCCUCACCUCCGCGCCUCAACCACCUCCUCUGCGCGACACCACCUCCGCGCGCGACACCUCCUCUGCGCGACACACCUCCGCGCGCGACACACCUCCACGCGCGACACACCUCCUCUGCGUGCGACACACCUCCUCCGCGCACACCACCUCCGCGCGCAACACCUCCUCCGCGCGACACCACCGCUCCUCACCUCCGUUCCUCCGCGCGCCUCGCCACCGCGAGCGCAACACCUCCUCCGCGCCGCACCACUGCUCCUCACCUCCGUUACUCAUGUGAUGUCUUAGUUUUUUAUUUGUCUAUUUUUAAGAACUUGUGUUUUGUCAUUUGUGUGAACUUUUGAUCUUAAAUUUGUGUUAAGAACAUUUAUUAUUAAUGUAAUUUGCUAUUUGGGAGUUAAAAUAUUCAAUUAUUAUGUUAUUUUUAUUUAUUUAUUUAUUUAUUUAUUAUUGAGUAAUCUCUUACGAGUUUACGAUACGAGUUUACGGAGCCUCCACGAGAUUACGUAAACUCUCGAGAUUGAC